AAUCCCAGCCCGGUAGCAGCGCGGACCACGAGCCAUAUAGUCGAACCGAAGCUCUCGUCCGUAACAGUUCAAGUUCAGCAGGCCAGCAGCAGACAGCAGGUACCAACCAACGCCCUCCCUUGCAAGACGCUCAAUCUGCGGGAACGCGAAACAGUUGAUUCCGUAUUCGCGCGCGAAUCGUGGCAAGUUCAAAAGCAUUCUAGCUCUCAGCUGAUUCGGAAGUACUUUCAAACCGCACUCGGUCUGUCGGUCUUUGGGAGUAACUUUCAGUUUCAGUUUCCUUUUCGUAGUGCGCUCUCGCCGAAAAGUUUCAUAAGAGGAAAUCUCUUCUUAUCCUCUCGUCGCUCAACCCGCAAUCUCCGUCCAAAAUGCGUCCGUUGGUUCGCAGUACCAGUACGAUGUCGCUCGUGCCAGUGCACUACCGCAGCUGGUGGGAUGACUGGGAUCUCCCGCUCUACUCGCGGGUGAUGGAAAAAUCCGUCACCGAGGAGGUCCUCAGCGAAGAUCCACUGUGGUGGCGUCAUGCUCCGAUGCCCCCGCUACGUUGGUCCAGCUUGUGGCGCCCGUGGAAGUAUUUCAGCCUGCGGGACGUCGGUUCCCGGGUGGACUCGGAUCGGGAAAAGUUCAUGAUCGAAGUCGACGUCCAUCAGUUUGCCCCGCACGAGGUCACCGUGAGGAAAACCGACAAGUAUGUCACCAUCGAGGGCAAGCACGAGGAGAAGCGUGACGAACAGGGCUACGUCUCCAGACAGUUCUCGCGGCGAUAUCUGAUUCCAAUUGGCUACGAUGCAAACCUGAUCGUAUCGUCGCUCUCCUCGGACGGAGUCCUGACCGUCACUGCCCCAAGGAUCGGACUGCCAGCUCCAAAGGUCGAGAAGUUCGUCCCCAUCUGGCACACCGGCAAGCCUGCCAUCGAGGAUAAGAAUUUUCGUAUUGGAUUCUACUUGCAUUAGAUUUGUUGUGGCACCUUGCAAUUCAAGUUCGACACUCACCUUGAAAACCGCGACUAGCACCCCAGAAAAAUAAAAUAAGCAUAACAAGAAGAACAGCUCUCACGUGGCACGACACGGCCGCACACGAUAGAAACGCUAUCGGUAAGGUAUUGACAGAAUUGAAACCGCGAGGCCACCUUGUGAUACACAGCAGAUAACCAACAAACGCGAACUUUAACAUCUCCACACCAUCACCACUAAAGAUCAUGGCUAAGGGGCACUUUGAGCGAGGUCAUCGGGGUUGUGAGAUAUAGAUUUAGAAUCGAGGUAGCGAUCCGAAAUGACCUAUUAUAGCUGGCAUGUGGCACAAAAUGUGAUUCAGUAGUGUUCUAAUUCUAGAUGAGAGACUUUAUUGAUACCUUCGAUUGGAACAGUAACAGAGAAAUAAACGUCACGUUUUCCGAAAAACAUCAA